AUGGACUCCUACGAGGAAUCACAACGUCAAAUGGGAAGGAUAGGUUUGGAGUGCCAAGGCUACACAGGUGGUUCGGGCUCAGUGUCUAUUGCUGCCAUCUUUCUCGACCUCUUUGCCUUGCUUUUCAUUAUUGGUGUCGCCAUCGGCAUCUGGUGCGUGUGUGUCCAGAGGCAAAAGGCUAUAAACGCAGCCAACCUCAACCACGUUUCUGGUCAAGUGGUGGGAGCUAGUCAGGUGGCUCAUGGAAUUGAUCUCAAGUCGUAUCCACAAACCACGACCGUCCAAAAGGGAGAUCCUAAUUACCAAGUUUGA